AUAAGAAACAGACCCAGAGGAGGCUGGACCAACUGAAGACAGCCUGUGCAAGAAGAUAAUAGAAACAAGUCUUCCUUUUAACCCUGAGCUGACAGCAGCGCAGUUGUUCAUUUUGACGAAGAAGUCACAGCCGCUGGGUUUCAAGGCUGAAACUGUGAGCCAUGGAGGAGAAACAGCAGCCAUCUGGAGGACUUCACUUCGUCGGCAAGAAAGAUGAACUGAUUAAAGCAAAGCGGUCUUUCAGGACUCUAGAGGGUCGAGAUAUACUGAUUAUCUACCACCAGGGAGUCUUCUAUGCUAUUGACUGUUACUGUUAUCAUGCUGGAGGAACGCUGCUGAACGGGGACAUUGAGGACAUCAACGGCAAGUUGUGCAUAAUCUGUCCAAAGCACAAGUACAAGAUCACUUUGGCUGAGGGGGAGGGCUUGUACAGGGCCAGAAACCCCAAGGAAAACCCUCCUGUGCUCAGGUGGUACUCCAAGGGUGUGAAGCAGAGGGUCCACACAGUCACAGAGACCAACGGUGAAGUCUUUGUCAAGCUCACCACCAUCCCAAACUGGAUCGAAUCAGACUACUACCAAGGAGAAAAGGGCAAGGUGGAGAGAGACAAGGCUGAAGCAUCUGAGGGGGAUAUGCCUGUAAUGAGAGAGGAGGACGAGUGAAGAUGCCUUUUUUCCUCUGAUCUCAGAAUGAACUGACUAUUGUAAAGAGGAUGUUAAUUAACAUCAAUCCAGACAUGACCUACCUUAAUUGGUGCACAAGCAUAUAGGAAUUUAAAUUCUAUUUCAUAAAUAAUCAUGCUAGUAUAACUGUGUGGCCAUGUGUUUCCUUACUCACUCCUAUCUCUUCCUCAUGAAAUAUGCAUACAGACACUGAGCUGCUGUGAUAAAAAGCUGUAUAAUGAUCAAUACAUUCCUGAAGUGGGGAAUGACAUAGAUUAAAAAAUAAAAA